UCAAUAUUUACGCGUCGUCUCCACCAAUCCUCACAACCAUCGUCCCUCGAUCGAUCUACUAUCCAAUUGCACCUUAACAGUCGCAGCCAUGCCCAGAACGAAACAGGCUGCGCGCAGGAGGCCUCCGCCGAAACAGGCUGUGCGCGCGAGACCUUCAGGGGAGCACCUCGAUAGCGAUACCACAACAGAACCUGAAACCAUACACGACGAACAAUUCACACCGGACAUAGGGUGGGGAGCAUUGGCCCACGUGUCGGAAGAAGCGCCUGAAAUCCGCUACCUCAUCGACGAAUACUUUACCGAACACAUGCCAAAUUUCACUAGGGCGAUACCAGAGGAUGUGGUGGCGAGGCUGAAGCGCCGUGGGCCGGAUAUGACGGCGUACCGUGAGCUUUGGAGGAAGGAGAUUGAUAUCGUGAAGAAACGAAGGGGGUGGAAUGGGACUAGAUGUACUAUAUUCGAUAGCGAAGAUGAGGGUGCUGCGGAAGUACGGCUUGCGAAGAAGAGGAAGUCGGAUAAUGUGGAUGAUUAUGGAACUGUGGAGUCUAUCGAGCUCCAGGAGAAGAGAUUUCAAGACGCUUUUGCGGCUGGUAUGAAGGCGGGGCAGCAGAUACUGGUGCAGAGUGCUGUGUGUGAGAAUUGCGAGCAGAUAUUUGAUCGCGCGGGGAAGAGAACGGCGAGGGAGUGCAAGUCUCAUCCUGGCUCAUUGAAGAUGAACUCGUACGAGAAAUUCUGGAUUGACUUUCUACAUCGCAACCCAUCCUGUGAGAACUUUUCUCCAGAAAAAUGUGGUGUCUCGCUCGACAACUAUAGGUGGGACUGUUGCAACAAGAAGGGAAAGGCUGCGCCCUGUCGUACAGGAUCGCACAUCGAGCGAGUUCGCAAGUUCAAGUUUGUUCAGCCAGAAUGGAAAGGCCUUUGAAGAAGUCGUCGUCCCGAUGCAUUUCUCUCGACAAGGGCAAAUGGAAGCAUCUGAAGCAUGGCUAAGCAACUGUACAUCCACAA